UAACUUCUUAUUUUCAUCACCUCACCUGAGGAAGAAAGGUGUUCAUCACCUACUCAUUCCAAGCUGUAUUGACCGUAAGGAGCCUACUGGAUAGUUGGUCUGAACUAAGAAAGCAGAGGAUGGAGCUUUACAUGUUUCUUCUCCUGUUAGCAGGACUAAUAGGAACAGGAACUGCACAGGCCUCAACUACCACAACAGGAUCAACAUCUGGUGGAACCACAGCAAUGCAGACUUCCACCCAGCCAGAAACUACUGUUGUUGGAACAGGAUCAACAUCUGGUGGAACCACAGCAAUGCAGACUUCCACCCAGCCAGGAACUACUGCUUCAACAACAACUACGACAACUGCUGCUCCAACUACAACCACAACUAGAAGACCUCCCCCACCACCAGAGCCAAAGAUUGAGUUAACAUUUAGUGUGCAGGAAAAUUUCACUGAGGAUUUGAAGAACGAAAACUCACCAAGAUUCAUAGAGCUCAAGGGAGAAGUAACUAAAGGGAUCGCCGGCGACCCUUCUCAAAACGUUUAA